AUGUCGGAACGCUCCAGCGUGUAUUCCGAGAUGCCUAUGCAGAAGCUCACCGUCACCAAUCCAGACCUGGAUGCAAUCUCUUUGAGAACUCCUGAAAAAAAGCAGCUCCAAAGAGACGACAGUCCCCACAGUAGCUCCAGCCACCACAGCUCGUCGCCGGCCAUCGCUAAACACACCUUCACUGAGCAGUGGAAUAAGAGAGUCUCUAAUAUUUCCAACGCCCCAGGUAACAGGUCAUCGAUGAUGUCUGAAUAUUCUGGCAUAGUGCAGCAUGUUGACAUCGAUACCGUGAAAUACGUGGUGGACAAAGACUCCGACACGUCCACCACCGUUCCUUCAGAAAGACUGUCGGAAGUGAAGAAAAUCAGCGGCUCCAAAAUUCAGCACUCUUCGGGAGCAAGAGACCUCACUGGCUUCUUGAAAGAUACGUCUCCAGUGAUCGAAGAAGACGAUAAAGAGAGUAUCCGAAAACCCCAGGUCAUUCCAGUGACUCGCCCAUGCGAAUUGAUCAGCGAUGGGUUCCCACGCGUGCCAGAUAAAGAACAGUACACCCAAUUGAAUUUAACAAUUCCGGCAAGAUCGCCAAGACGGCCUUUAUCUGGAGGCUUUCAGCCAAUCGAUAAGAUUACCAACAAACCCGGACGUCCAUCGAUGGACUCCAGCUCCUCAGGAAGAUCCAGUGGCCGCGCUAGUGGGAAAUUCGACGACAUCAUGAAGGAAUUUGAAGAUCUCCGAAGCGAAAUCGAGGCGGAGGCCGAUCAAGAACAAAACAGCCUAAAGUUCGGCAUUCCUCCUUUCAACGUUCACAAAUAUUCGCCUUCACAGGCCACCAGUGUUCGUACAGGCGCAGAAUCUUUCCACACAGCCAGAUCUAUCAGCGAAAGCGAGGAUGAUAUCGAGAAAGAAGACACGGAACAAUUGAGGAAGGUCAAUUCCGGCUCUACCGUCUCUGAAGAGUCUAUAUUCGACCAGACGGCCAGGGAGCAAAAACUAGACGGCACAGAGGGCAUUCCAGAAGGUGAGUAUGAGGACGUCGAAGACCCAGAGGACAAGCCUGUGCCACAGGCCUCAACUAAAAUGAAGAAGCGCGCAAAAAGACCAAAAUCUAGAAUUAAGUCGUUUUCCUAUGAUACACUAGCACGCCUUUUGAAUGCAACUGAUGGAAUUGUUAUUGGUCAGGAGUUCGCCGAUCUUGAUAUCCCUGCUGACGAGAAGUAUCUCAUCGAACAGGUUGUUGAUUCCCUGUCCAGACUGACCGCCAACAUGAUGCUCAACCCAAACCACUACAAACAGGGAUGCGAGCGCUUGGAACGUGUCUUGGGAGCUCUCGAAGGUUUUGACUAA